CGGAAGUCAUCCAGGAUUUGGAUAUUUUUUCACAUGGAUGAGAUUUGCUAUCCUUCUGUAGACUUUCUAUGCAUAGUUUCCUCCUUCCUCUGUGGUAAGUCACACCGUAAUGGCGGUAAAAGAUGGAGCCGGUGGUGCAGAAACACUGAUAAGAUAACGCGCAGCUAUCAGCAGCAGACGGCGGAUAUCAGUGCGGGUCAAUGGACUUGAAAUGCUGCUGUUUUGACAGCUGGGUUCAGCCUCCAGUACCUGGUCUGUGAGACACCUGCUGAGGACACACACCACCCGGCGAUUCAACCCUAAAGACGGGGUUACUAUAUGUAGAGACGCAUAUCUACUAUCUGUAAAGUUGCUUUUAAAGCGCCAUUGGAUACGAGCCAACUGCGACUUCUCUUCUCAGCAUUGUUUGCUCACCUCACACCGACCUGUGGCCAUGGCCUCUACCCGGCUGAAGUACCUCUCUCUGGGCGUGCUGGUGUUCCAGACCACCUCUCUGGUGCUCACCAUGCGGUACUCCCGCACCCUGCAGGCGGACGGCCCGCGGUAUCUGGCCUCCUCCGCCGUGGUGGUGGCUGAGGUCAUGAAGAUCUUUACCUGUGUGCUGCUCGUCUUUAAAGAGCACAGUUAUAGCUGGCGAGCUCUGAACAGCAUUCUGCGUCAGGAAAUUGCCAAUAAACCCAUUGAGACGCUGAAGCUGGCGAUUCCCUCGGGGAUCUACACGCUGCAGAACAACCUGCUGUACGUCGCCCUGUCCAACCUUGACGCUGCCACCUACCAGGUGACGUAUCAGCUGAAGAUCCUCACCACGGCUCUGUUCUCCGUGUCCAUGCUGGGACGCAGGCUGGGCGUAUACCAGUGGCUCUCGCUGCUCAUCCUCAUGGCUGGAGUGGCUUUUGUGCAGUGGCCCUCUGAGUCUAUGGCGGGCCCCGAGAAGGAGGUCUCUGCAGGCUCCCAGUUUGUCGGUGUGGCAGCCGUCCUGGUGGCCUGCUGCUCCAGUGGCUUCGCUGGGGUUUACUUUGAGAAGAUCCUGAAGGAGAGCAAGCAGAGCGUCUGGGUGCGCAACAUCCAGCUAGGGAUGUUCGGCCUGGUGUUUGGCCUCUUUGGGAUGAUGGCCUACGAUGGAGAGAGGGUGAGGGAGUCGGGGAUGUUCCAGGGAUACAACACCGUCACCUGGGCCGUUGUAGUGCUGCAGGCGCUGGGUGGUCUGGUCAUAGCAGCGGUCAUCAAGUACGCAGACAAUAUCCUGAAGGGCUUCGCAACAUCGCUCUCCAUCAUCCUGUCAACGCUUAUAUCCUACUUCUGGCUACAGGACUUCGAGCCCACUGGCGUGUUCUUCGUGGGGGCCAUGUUGGUCAUCACGGCCACUUUCCUCUACGGCUACGAAGGAAAGCCGUCCCCCAACCCCAGUAGGGCGUAAAGACCCCCCCCCCGGCUGACACUACAGCAGCAGCAUGAGGUCCUGUUCAAGCGUCAAGACGUGGAGUUGAAAGGAGGACAGAGAGCUGGAGAAAAACGAAGGCAAAGGUCAUUAUCAUAUAGUGUGAUCACAAAGACGAGGAGGGGGGGGGUGUGUAAGACGUUCAGGACAAAAAUAAGGG